CGGCAAAGGCGAGUCUAUCUAGUACGAUGGUGCGCGUUGUCUUGCCCCUCCUCACUGUGGCCGCCUGCAGCGUCGCCGCCGACCAAACCAAGAUCCACCCGCGCCUCCUCCGAGAGCUCGCCGUCGCCGCGGGCGCCAACAUCGUCGUCGAGUUCAAGGGCCGCGCCGAUGAAGUCCUCGCCAAGGCUGGCCCUGAGUCGACUACCUCCCUCGCCGAACACGUGUACUCGACGCUCCAGGCGCACGCCGACGUGUCGCAGGCCGCCGCGCUGCACAUACUUCGCAACGACAAGCUCGAGUCCGCCUCCACCCUUAAGCCCACGUCGCUAUGGAUCACCAACUCCCUUUACAUUCCCGGUGCGACCCAGGCCGUCGCCGACGCGCUCGCCAAGCUCCCAGAAGUGCUCGCCGUGCGCCACGAAGACGUUCUCACGCUCGACCUACCAACCGUGGUCGAUGCCGCCACCAACGUGACCGCUGAGUGGGGCGUUGCCAAGACGCAGGCGCCUCUCGUUUGGGCCGAAGGCUUUACGGGCGCCGGCGUCGUCGUCGGCUCCAUCGACACGGGCGUGCGCGGCACCCACGAAGCGCUCAGAUCCAACUUUCGCGCGUUGCACGGCUGGUACGACCCCACAGCGCAGCUGGCCGAGCCAUCGGACACCCACGGCCACGGCUCGCACACGCUCGGCUCGGCCGUCGGCGGGCUCGGCGUCGGCGUCGCGCCGGACGCCAAGUGGAUCGCCUGUCGAGGCUGUCCGGGUGGUUCUUGUCCCGAGUCGGCGCUCGUCGCCUGCGCGCAGUUCAUGGUCUGUCCAACGGACGUCCACGGGGCCAACCCGCGCUGCGACCUAAAGCCGCACGUCGUCACCAACAGCUGGGGCAGUACGGUCGACUGGCCGUUCAAGAAGGCGAUCGUGGAUGCGUGGCGCGCCGCGGGCAUCCUUCCCGUCUUUUCCAUCGGCAAUUCUGGUCCUAGCUGCUCGUCGGUGGGCUAUCCCGGAGGGUAUGCCAACGUCAUUGGCGUCGGCGCCACCGACGAUGCGGAUGCACUUGGCUAUUUUAGCAGCAAGGGCCCCACCGCCGAUGGCCGCAUGAAGCCGGACCUCUCGGCGCCAGGCGUAAGAGUGACUUCGUGCGGCGCGACGGGCGAUGCGGCGUACGUGAGUAUGAGCGGCACGAGCAUGGCGGCGCCGCACGUCGCCGGCGCUAUCGCGCUACUCAUCUCGGCCAAGCCCGGCAUUUCGUACGACGAAGUCUACAUGCUUCUUACGACCACGGCCGAAACCAAGAGCCUUGCGAACGAUGCGAGCACUUGCGGCGGGCUCCCUGGCACGGCCUACCCCAACAACAAUUUUGGCCACGGGCGACUCGAUAUCCUCGGCGCCAUCGAGAAGCUCGUCGCAAAGCCGGCUUGCUGA